AUGACUGAGACAAAUGACACUGUGGAAUGCAAUGACAGCAAAAUAAAUGACUCCUCAGCAAAUGAUGAGGACAUUGUUAACCCGUGGGAUGUCAGGAGUAGUUCAGCUGCAGGAGUAGAUUACGAUAAGUUGAUAAAAAGAUUUGGGUCUUCUAAACUGGAUGCAGAUCUACUUGAAAGGUUUCAAAAAGUUACUGGCAAACCUGUCCAUCAUUUGUUAAAAAGAGGAAUCUUUUUUUCACAUAGAGAUCUAAAUGUCAUAUUAGAUAGGCACGAGAAAAGGCAACCAUUUUUUUUAUAUACUGGUAGGGGACCUUCAUCAGAAUCUAUGCAUCUUGGUCAUUUGAUCCCAUUCAUUUUGACGAAAUGGCUGCAAGAGACAUUUGAUGUACCAUUGAUCAUUCAACUGACUGAUGAUGAGAAAUUCUUGUGGAAAGAUCUUUCUAUUGAAGAAGCCAACAGGCUGGCCUAUGAAAAUGCUAAAGAUAUCAUAGCUUGUGGUUUUGAUGAGAGCAAGACUUUCAUAUUCUCUGAUAUUGACUAUAUUGGUCAGAGCUCUGAUUUCUACAAAGUGAUUUGCAGAAUUCAAAAAUCAGUCACAUUCAACCAAGCUAGAGGAAUAUUUGGUUUCUCUGAUACAGAUUGCAUUGGAAAAAUAAGUUUUCCAGCUAUUCAAGCUGCUACAUCAUUUAGCGCUAGUUUCCCAUUCAUUUUCAACAAAAGGUCCGACAUACCAUGUUUGAUUCCUUGUGCCAUAGAUCAAGAUCCAUACUUCAGAAUGACAAGAGAUGUCGCCCCACGUCUUAAUUAUCAGAAGCCAGCUCUGAUUCAUUCAACAUUCAUUCCAUCAUUGCAAGGGGCUCAAACAAAAAUGAGUGGAAGCGAUCCUAAUUCGUCAAUUUAUCUCACUGAUACAGCUAAACAAAUAAAAACUAAAAUAAAUAAAUAUGCUUUUUCUGGUGGUGGAGACAGUGUUGAAGAACACAAAUUAAAAGGAGGCAAUUGUGAAAUAGAUGUUUCUUACCAAUAUUUAAAAUAUUUUUUAGAGGAUGAUAAACGCCUGUCAGAAAUUUACAGAACAUACACUAGUGGAGAAUUGUUAACAGGUCAUUUGAAAAAGGAGUUAAUAGAUUUAGUUCAAGUUAUUGUUGAAAACCAUCAGAAGAAAAGAAAAGAAGUAUCAGAUGAUGUAGUUAAACGAUUUAUGACACCAAGAAAAUUAAAUUUUUCCUUUUGA